AUGAUAAGCUGGAGUAGAGUGGAUUAUGGGAGGCUUAAGCGGAUAUGGGAUUUUAAUGAUGGGUGUCGAAGGGCGCCUGGCGAUGUGUUACAAGAGUGGUGGUCGGAGGGAGGAUAUUACGACAAGUAUAAGGUUCCGCGGAAAGAAAAGGCGAGGAAUGGAGUCACACAUAAGGAGAGUAGGAAAGAGAACAAAAGGAACGGCGGAUAUAGAAGAGAGGUCGAUAUGAAAGACGGUGGAGAUCAAACGGAUAUGAUAGACACGAGGCCCAAAAUCAGGGGUAGCCUAGGUCGAGGAGUGCUCUCGGAGUAUGCUGGCAGUAAUACUGUCAAUGUCAUGCCAGUGGAUGCACGGAACAUUGACCUUGGGAAUUUCCCUUUCAGUGAAACGAAAAGUGAGCGCCAAGCUCAAGCUUGGGCAGCUGCUUCAUUCUGUCCGUCGACCUCGACGACGACUACGACGACGGUGGCAGCGACGGCGGCGGCGAUGGCGACUACCACAGCUCGGGUUUCUAAUGAACAUCGUAUGAUAAGUAAACAUACCCCAGUUCCAUUCUUACUCGAAGCAUUCCCCGUCCCUCCAUCGCACAUUCCCCCGUCACCCGCUGUCUCCCCAGUCUCUCCCUCUAACCCACCACCUUCACUACCACCGACUGCUCCACUUCCACCUGUUCCCGGUCCUUCUCCUCUCAGUGAAUGCGACACCAUCCUUUUCAUUCAAAACGCCCGCCGACCCUCUUCCAACCUUUCAAUCCGUUCCAUCCGCUCUGUCUCUUCUUCCAGUUCAGAUCCACACUCUCCUAUUACAAGAACCAGGACUAGAAACGGAAGCCUCUCCAGUUUACGCUCUUUCCAUAGCGCUACAGGCACACUCGUCAGGAACCCUUCCUAUGAUCUAGCCCAAACAAUCUCAGAAGAAGGUCCCUACAAUGUUCACCCUCAACUAGAACCCGCCCCACUACUCAGCGCCAGCACUACCCUACGCGAUAUUCCAGAUGUACUCAAACCUUCUUUUACUCCCGACGACAAUUUCAAGUCUGAUCAAGACACCCUCGCCUCAUUCCCUUCUCCGCCCUCAACCAUCAAACUCAAAACUCCACGCAAAUUAAGUCGCGCCUCAGAACUAGCCAUUUCUUUUCCUACAACCGAUAGACCACGCUCAACAAGUCCAGACGUAUCAGCCAUUAUCCAAGCCACCCCUCGUCCACGCUCACGUCCUCGUUCACGCGUUUCAAGCCACUCCCGCCCCCGUGCUCCAAACGUUACUGACACCAAGUCACGUUCCAGGGCAAACAGCCUUAAUGGGUAUAGAUCCUCAGGGUCCUCAAAACACUUGCCCCAACCUCGCCAGUUAGAGGUUGAAGUCGAAGAUGAAGAUGCUCGCGACUCCGAUUCAAGUAUCGAUCUACAUACCCCUUUGCCACACCUCAUGCUUCGACACGGCCUCCUCUCUCCCCACUCAAAGCUCCUUCCAACAUCACCUCCAGACCCAAGUCGUCUCUCCAUCGCGUCCAACUUUUCCCAAGCUUCCCUUCAAUCCAAUUUCAGCACGUUCUCAAACCAAUCGGACGUGUCCUUGGUCACGAAUAGUUCGACUGGGAGCAAGCAUCCCAAGGAUUCGAGGGACACGCCUAGCAGACGCGUGAGACAUCGUGAUGGGAGGUUGUUGAGAGGAGGUAUUGGCCUCACGACUGGUCUGGGAUGGAGUGAUAGCGAAGACGAAGACGCUCCCUCCCCACUCACCCGCCGUCUCUCAGCGCUCAACCUCUCCCGACGUUCAUCCGCCGCUUCCAUCUCCACCUCCCACUCCUACUCUUCCCUCCGCUCCCCUCACCCUCUCUCACGGAGCAUCUCCCACUCUAUCCUUCGCGAAGAAGAGGACGAAGAUGACGUAGACGAUUUCGGACGCGUCGUACGCACCGCACGGACGGACUACGGCCAUGUCAUACGAGACGGACCAUUCUCCAAAAGCCUACCGCUCAGCGGAAGCAGAACCCAACCUCUCAACUUGCGAUCAUCCAAACCACGCCCCCACAAACCCAAAGACGAUGCACGAGUCCCAUUAGAAGACGAAUUGGGAUUAGGGAUGGAUGGAGUGACGCCCACGCGCGCAGAGUUCCGUGAUAGCGCAGGGUCGAGCUCCAGUGGGCUCGGGACAGGUACUGGUACCGGUAACGGUUCGAGCACCGCUUCUACUUCUUCCCUAUCUCUUCCCUUCCCUGCGACGCCUCAGAGCCCCAUGACGUUUUCGUCUACGAGUCCAAACGCGCUCUCGCCCACUCUCUCCAGCAUGGGUUCGAACCAUACAACACUGACACUCCCCCCAUCCCGCUCAUCGACGCCAUCAUCAUGCAACAUCGAUAAAUCGCUACCUCCGCUCCCGCUUACGCCUAAAAAGUACCCACCUUCGCUUUCUCGUUUGCGGUCCUAUUCGAGCGUGUCGAGUAUUGGGUCUGUGGAGUUGGGGUCUGGUGGUGAUGAGGGCUUGGGAAUGGGGACGCCACGGCCCUCCCUGGGUGGCGUACCGAGGCCUUCAUUAGGUAGUGUCCCCAGACCUUCACUAGGUGGUGUUCCCAGACCUUCAUUAGGUGGCGUCCCAAGACCUUCAUUAGGUGUCCCGCGACCGUCCCUCAGCGGCACUCCCCGACCAUCCCUGGGCGGUGUCCCCCGACCGUCCCUAAGCACCCCCCGGCCCUCGAUGAGCUCUCACCCAUCUGCGUCCAAUACCUCGUUGUCCACGCCUAAUCCGUCUGUGUCUAGUCUCGCAGCGCAGAACGGCCAUGGGGGUGUGUCUUCUGUGCCUUUUGUUAGUACGACGGAGAGCGACUUGAUGAGCCCAAGAGACUUUACAAACCCAAGAGAUAUCACCAGCAUCACGAUCCCAAGAGACAUCACAAGCUCGAGAGAAAGUGGCCUCACAAGCCCAAGGGAAAGCGGCCCCCAAAGUCCCCUCCCCCGCCCGCUCAAACUCCUCCAACCAGGUGAACAGCCCCCGCGUCCAGGGGGAGUACUAAUGUACAACCGGAACGUUCAUGAUCAGCUCAAGCGUACACAAACGCAUUCACAGUCACAGCCUCAGUCUCCUGUGACGCAGACUCUGCCUAUGACUCCUGUGAUGCGGACGCUUGUGAUGCCUGGGAGUGUUGGGAUGGGGAGCAAGGGGAUGGGGAAUGGGGGAAAUGGGGAUAGGCCAAAGUCACGGACGGGGACGGGGAUGGUGUAUCGCUCAUCCUCGGGUCCUGUGGGGAGUAGGAUGAGAGUGCCGAGUGCGGUUAGGCCUAGUGGGGUUGGUGUUGCGUUAUGAGUUGGGGUGCGUGGUGAGUGUGGUUGCUCCUUUUGUAAGGGAGGUCGCGACAUUAACGGGCGUUUCAGGGUGCCAGAGUUGGGGUGAUGUGGACAUUUUGGUGGAGGCGAUGUGGUGGGUGCUGUGAUUUAUCAUGGACAACCAUCAGGAUAAGGAUCAGUCUCCAGGUGUUCUGGUCAAUGGCGGCCGUGUGCAUCAGAUUGUGAUCCAAUGUCGGGUAUUGGAUGGACGGUUCUGGCCUAGUG